UUCACCUCGGAUCCAACCCUCACAGGGUUUUCUGCCUAAACAUGACCGUUUCUUACACCCUGGAGGUGGCCAACGCCAGGUUUUGUGGUUUCUCCAGACUCCUGUUCAGGUGGAGAGGAAGCAUCUACAGGCUGCUGUAUAAGGAGUUCCUGGUGUUCUCUGCUGUUUAUCUGUUUUUCAGCGUGUUUUACAGGUUUCUUCUCUCUCCGAGGCAGCAGGAUCUGUUUGAGCGAGUGGCUCUUUACUGUGAUAAGUUCACAAACACCACCUUCAUCCCUGUCCUGUUUGUUCUCGGUUUCUACGUGACCCUGGCCUUCAACCGGUGGUGGGGUCAGUACACCAGCUUCCCGCUGCCAGACAACCUAAUGAUGGUGGUUUCUGGAAACGUCCACGGAGCCGACGAUAGAGGACGUCUGCUGCGACGGACGCUCAUGAGAUACGCAAACUUAUCCUCCGUCCUCAUCCUGAGGUCCAUCAGCACCAGAGUCCACAGGAGAUUCCCAACCAUGGAGCAUGUUGUGGAGGCUGGAUUCAUGACGGUCCACGAGCUGAAAAAGUUCGAGUCUCUGCACUCUGACUUCAACAAAUACUGGAUUCCUUUAACCUGGUUUUCAAACUUGGCGUCCAGAGCGAGAGAGGAGGGACGAGUGAGGGACGACGUCGCUCUGAGGCUGCUGAUGGAUGAGCUGAAUAACUACAGAGCAAAGUGCAGCUUGUUGUUCCACUACGACUGGAUCAGCAUCCCUCUGGUCUACACUCAGGUGGUAACUGUCGCAGUUUACUCCUACUUUGCCUUCUGUGUUAUCGGACGACAAUUCCUGAACCCUGAGAAAGGAUACGUGGACCACCAGCUGGACAUGUACGUUCCUGUUUUCACUCUGCUGCAGUUCUUCUUCUACGUCGGCUGGCUCAAGGUUGGAGAACUGAUCAUUAAUCCAUUCGGUGAAGACGAUGACGACUUUGAAACCAACCAGCUGAUCGACAGAAACAUUCAGGUGUCCAUGCUGGCGGUGGACAACAUGUACCAGAACCUGGCUCCGGUUGUGAAGGACAAACACUGGAAGCAGAGACACUUUUCAGUCCCGUACACUCUGUCCACGGCAGCAGAGAGUCUCAGACCGACUUUCAAAGGAUCCACCUUCGAUAUGAGGAUGAGUGCUGAAGAUCUGGAGAUCCACCGUCCUGCAGACGCUGCUGGAGAUAAACAGUAUUUUCCUCUUCAGACCAACAGGAUCAACGGCGUCCUGCAGAGAGACGAAGGUUUCCUACGAGGGGGGAGUCUUCCUUCCCUGAUCGAAGUCUUAUCUCACCAAAGAGACGAAGACGAGGCCGAUGAAGGCGACAGAGACACCAACGAUCACAGAGAGCAAGAACAAGCGCUGAUUGAACACGAUAAUUAUCCAGACUUCUGAUGAGGUCUUCUCAGCCUUCACCGUUUCAGAUAAACUUGUACAAUAAAUCUUUGUCACAUUGAA